AAGGAUCAGAGUUUUAUUUUCCAUAUAUUCUUCCUAUUUAGAGAGAAGAGAAGAAGGAAGGCACGAUCAGAACUUUCUAUACAAAGAGAUACUCAAUAGCACCUUUAGAUAUUUUUAUUCUUUCUUCUUCUUCUUCAACCAACAACAACAGCUAGGAUGGGUGCUGGGGAAGGUAGAGUUCUUCUGCAUAGCAAUGACGAUCACAAUUUUGUGUCGAUGGAAGAAGGGUUUGCUGAUAGGGAGUUAUCAGUAAUGAAUUCUUCAACACCGCUUAAUCAUGUCUAUGUAAAGAUUUCUAAUGAUUCAAAAAUCAAUAACAUUAGUGUUAGUAAAGGAAGUAUUGAUCCGACAGAUGUUGCUAUGAAGCCGCCGCGUUUAGUUUCUCUUGACGUGUUCAGAGGACUCACGGUGGCUCUUAUGGUACUUGUAGAUCAUGUCGGUGGUAUCAUACCUGCAAUUAAUCAUUCUCCAUGGGAUGGUGUUACUCGAGCUGAUUUUGUCAUGCCGUUCUUCUUGUUCAUUGUUGGAGUAGCGCUUGCGCUUGUUUAUAAGAAAUUGCCGUGCAGAGUUGAUGCAACUAAGAAAGCUGUACUUCGAGCGCUCAAACUUUUUCUCUUCGGAGUUGUGCUUCAAGUAGGUUAUUUACAUAGAAUCAACGAUCUAACUUUUGGUGUUGAUAUUCUACAAAUUAGAUUAAUGGGUACCUUACAGAGGAUUGCAAUAGCAUAUUUAUUGACAGCUGUAUGUGAGAUUUGGCUCACGAGGGAUGACGUUGUGAAAUCAGGACGAUCUAUGCUGAAGAAGUAUAAAUUCCAGUGGAUAUUCGUUUUGGUGCUUACUGUUACGUAUACUGCACUGUUGUAUGGGCUACAUGUUGCUGAUUGGGAGUACCGAAUUCCUAGUGAAAACUCUUCUUUCUCUUCAAACAUUAUGUCGGUGAAAUGUGGAGUUCGUGGAGUCACUGGACCUGCCUGUAAUGCUGUUGGAAUGAUUGACCGUAAAUUGUUAGGCGUUCAACAUUUAUAUAAGAGACCAACCUACGCUCGGACAAAGGAAUGCAGCAUGAGCUCGCCAGAUAACGGCCCACUUCCACCGAAUGCACCUAGCUGGUGUCAAGCCCCAUUUGACCCGGAAGGAAUUUUAAGUUCUGUGAUGGCAAUUGUUACCUGCAUGAUGGGUCUCCAUUUUGGGCAUGUAAUUGUACACUUCAAGGAUCACAAGGAUAGGAUAUUAUCUUGGACCAUGCCUGCUGCUGGUCUAGUCAUUGCGGGAUUCAUUUUGGACUUCUGUGGGAUUCACCUAAACAAAGCGCUCUACUCUUUUAGCUACACAUGCGUUACCGUUGGUGCUGCGGGCAUUCUUUUGGUUGGAAUUUAUGUGAUGGUUGAUGUACUUGGGUUUCGAAAACCAGCACUGGUUUUUGAAUGGAUGGGGAAGCAUGCUCUGGUGAUUUAUAUCCUUGCAGCAUGCAAUGUUUUGCCUGUUCUUUUACAGGGUUUCUAUUGGGAAAAACCAGAAAACAACUUUUUGAAAUUACUUGGUAUUGGCCAAACAUAACCGAUUCUAAUAGUAUAGGGUGAAUUAUGGAAGCAUGAGCAAAAAGCGAAGCAUGUCUUCUUAGGGUACUGCAAAUGUAAAAAGAGAUUCAAUACAGUUUUGGAGGUUAGCUCAAAUUUUAUCCGUAGUAGAAUGGGAUAACAGCGGUCUGGUCUGUCCAAUUAUAGAUAACGCUUUCACAGUUCCUGUAAAAGUGUCACUUAAUGAAGCCUCCAUUCCUUGUUUUCAUUUAGUUAAUAAAUCAGCUCUUUGAGCUUUGCUUACCGGAAAAAGGCAUUAAAAAGCCAAACAUGUUGUUAUGUCGAGAGGACAUACUCUUAACAUGUCAAAAAUAAGCUUUUGAGGUAAAA